ACUAUUACAAUCUCACUAAAAACAUUUUAGGAUUCAUUCAAAGCUGUAUAUUGGUUCAGCACAAGUAGAAUUAUAUCUGUAAUUAGUCAGCUGUUGUUGUUUUUGACUUAACUGCAUUUAUUCCUUUUCCUGAACAAGGUUUCCCAAUAAUGUCAGCUGAGACAAACACCUUUGAUAGUGUGAAAGCUGUCAUUUUAUCAGCUCACAAAGGCACCACGUCACGAGAAAAGGUUACAUUCUACAACACCUGGGCAGAGAACUAUGAUACGGAUGUGGCUGUUCUGGAUUACCGCGCACCGAGCCUGGCAGCGAACAGCAUCGCUUCACAUUUCAGUGGCWCGAGGGAAGCAGCCGUGGUGUUGGACGUGGCGUGUGGGACAGGACUGGUGGCCAAACAGCUGAACAAACAUGGAUUUAAACUUUUUGUGGGUGUUGAUGGAAGUGAGGCCAUGCUGGACAAGGCUAAAGAGACUGGUUUGUACCAGGACCUGAAGCAGUCCCUGCUGGGGGAGGAUCCUCUACCUGAACAGUUUGCUGGCUCAUUUGAUGUGGCUGUGAUCGUUGGGGCUCUGAGUGUCGGUCAAGUUCCUGUUAAUGUGGUCAGAGAUCUGUUCAACGCCACCAAACCAGGUGGCUAUAUUUGCAUGACUACCAGAAGCAACCAGAACAACUUGGAGUACAAAGCUAGUCUUGACAGGGAGCUGAGGAAGAUGGAGGAAGAGGGACUCUGGACUUGUUUAGAGGUCACAGAGGUGGAGGACUGGGAGAGAGCUGUGUCAGAGCAGGAGGAUGGCUACAUAUCCGGAGUCGUGUACCUCUAUAAGAAGCUGCAACACUGAAUACAGUCGUCUAAGACAGUGGUUCCCAAAGUUGGGGUCGGGACCCACAGUGGGGUCRCGAAACAUCAAGGUGGGGUCCUGAAAAGAUU